GCCCCGGUGAUCAUAACGGUCGACCGAAGUUUGAACGCUUGACCUCGUCUGGUCUCAGGCAUAUUGGCUAUUCGGACAUUCGCAAACCCUCUUCUGGCACGUACACAUAUCCCAACUUUCCCUCAUUGCCUCAAAUAUACUCCACUCAAAUGCCGCCCAACGCCGAAGCUUCCUCUUCCAGGAGGAACAACAAGCCCUACCAAAAGGGACCCAAUUCGAAAGCCAAAAAGGGCAAACAGCCACCACAGAACCGAAACCAAGAUACCAGCAAGCUCGGAGUUUCCAAGAUCAAAGGUUUGAUCAGACAAGCUAGUAGGCUGUUACAAAAGGAGGGUAUCGAGCCGGGUUUGAAGAUCCAGACGGAGCGGCGCCUAGAGAGUCUCAAGGCGGACUUGCGUAAAGCAGAAUUGGGGAACGUCGAGAAGAAGAAUCACGAGAAGUAUCAUAUGGUCCGCUUUUUCGAACGAAAAAAGCUUUUGAGAAUCAUCAAACGAGCUCAGUCUGGGAUCAAGUCGGACGAUUCGGAUCAACAGACAAAGGACAAGAUGGAAAUCGAACUCUUCGAAGCUCGGAUCAUGCUCAACUAUAUCCUCCACUACCCUAUGACGCAAAAGUACAUCGCAUUGUUCGCAGCAUCUGCUGAGGGAAAAGAUGCUGCCGAGGAGGAAGAACGUCAUCUCACUUUACCCCAACAUCUCCAUUCGACCCCCGCCGCGGAAGACAAACCCGCCGUCACUCGGUUGGAGCUCUUGAACAAGCUCAAAGCGCUCAUGGAGGACAAGACGGAAGCUGGAAAGCAGGGCGUCAGUCUUCGACCGGAAGAGACGCUGAAGGAGGACGGAUCCGGGCGAACAAACAAAUCAUUGUUGUCAGUUGAUAGCAAGGAGAAGCAGGCUGCUGGGCCAGUCGAUAAGCCCGGAGAUGACGAGGAAGAGGAAGAGGAAGCCGAUGAUUUCUUCGAAUGACCAUCGUCCGAAAAGAGAGCAUACAUGUACAUGUAAAACACAAUGAUAUAAUGCA